UGGCGAUCGAACGAUAAAGGUGAGUGCUUAAAUUGUUGUGAAUAUGUUUUAAUAUUGGUAUUAAUAUUGAAGGUUUGGAGUACGGAUAGUUGUGAAUUUGUACGCACGUUGAUUGGUCAUCGAAGAGGCAUUGCAUGCUUGCAGUAUCACGAUCGAUUGGUGGUGUCAGGAUCUAGUGAUAACACUAUUAGGUUAUGGGAUAUCGAAAUUGGAACGUGUUUAAAGGUGUUAGAAGGGCACGAGCAGUUGGUGCGUUGUAUUCGAUUCGACUCGAAACGAAUCGUCUCGGGAGCUUAUGACGGACGAAUCAAAGUAUGGGAUCUGCAAGCUGCGCUCAAUCCUCGUUCACCACCCGAAAGCAUUUGUUUGUUGACCUUAGUGGAACAUACAGGACGUGUGUUUCGUCUGCAGUUUGACGAAUUUCAAAUAGUAUCGUCAUCGCAUGACGAUACCAUCCUCAUAUGGGACUUCUUAAAUCCUCAUCCCGGCGUGUCGGCAGCGAAUUCGUCGAGUGAAAGCGUUGCUCGUAACAACACGAACAAUAUCAGUAAUAAUCGCAACCCACAACCCCUCGCUGCUAUGGCUGCAGCUGUUGUACAAGCACCCAACUUGGCACAUAACAACGAAGAUGCUUCUGAUAACGAUGAAGAAGAUAUCGAAUUUAUCGGUGCUGCUGGUGCUGCUGCGGGUGAUCAUAAUAGAGAAGCGAUUCGAGCCGACCAGCAACAACAACACGCGGAACAGCGAGCAAAUCAUCACGGAGUGCGUAAUCGUCAUCGCCAUCAACAUGUGAAUAAUUUUGCGAUGAAUGCUAAUCAUAUGAAUAUGUUACCGGAAAAUAAUAUGGAACGAUAA